AUGGAUUUAGUUUUUAUUCUUGACUCGUCAACCAGCAUGGGUUAUGAUAACUUCAACAAAAUGAAAGCAUUCGUAAAAAGGUUCCUUCAGGCUGCUUAUACAGUCUGUUGGGAGAUGAGAGUCGGUCUAAUGUCCUACAGUACCCGAGUUACUAUUGAAUUCCAUCUCAACACUUAUCAUACAAAGACAGAGUUGAUUGACGCUGUUGACAGGAUUCACUGGACAUAUGGAAGCACCAACACCGCUGAUGCACUGAAAACAAUGCAUGAAGAAAUGUUCUCAGAACCCAAUGGUGAUAGGCCAGGUGUUCGAAAUAUAUGCAUUUUCAUUACUGAUGGCGUUUCCAAUAUCAAGCAUGAUAGAACAAUUCCUGAGGCAGAGAAAGCCAGAGAGAAAGGCAUUCAUAUUUUUGCCAUUGGUAUUGCACUUAAGGAUUUGUGGGAAGUAAAUGAUUUUGAAAGCCAGCCUGGUUGUUUGAAUGCAUUUGUUGUUGAUGUUUUUGAUGACCUAGAAGAUUUAGAUAAGAAGAUCUUUAAAUCUUACUGUUCAGAUGGUCUAUUUGAUGACUUACCAGAUUCUUUUGAUACUCAGGCUAAUGAACAAUUAAAGAAACUAGAGAUGGAAAAUACAAUGCAAGUCAUUUCAAAUGAAUGA